GUUCCAUGCCGAUUAGUUCCCAAGCUGUCACGCAAUUUUAACGAAAACGGAGCGAAAAGUGUAAACACAACGCAGCUUUGCUGGUUUUACACGAUAGUUUUUAGUGGUUUUGUGCUACCAAAAUGGGUCUUGACUUCGAAGUGCAGGACUACAUCAAAACCCUGAACAAGCACUGUCCGCCGUUCAAGUGCCCCAAGUGCGAUAAAAAGUACAAAUCGGUGAUUGGACUGCAGUACCACUUGAACAACUACGACCAUGACAACCCGUCUCCGGCAGCGGGUACUGUAAACACAGUUGCCGCUGCGGUUGCUGCUACUGCUGCUGCCGUAGAAUCCGGUGGUGGUGAAACACCACUGGCAUCAGGAUCCGGUGCGUUGGUCGAUAAAGGAUCCGCUUCAUCAUCCAAAGCUGGAACCAGUGUGAAGAAAGGCACGACUGAAACACCUGUUCGAGCAGUGAAAAACAACAGUAACAAGAGGAACCAAAAGAAAAAGGUGGGAGUUACUCCGAAAAAUAAGAUUCCGCCUGCCGUUCCGCGAGAAUCGCUUACAUACAUUGAGAGCGAGAAUCUGGUGAAGAUUGAGUUCGGUGGGAAGAAUAUUAAUCUCUCGGUGGAUGAGGAGUUCGCUUUGAUCAGUAUGGAAGAUCACAAGCAGCGCUUGGAGGAUUCGGAUGUUGAAAUGUUUCCCGUUCCACCACCGACGGAACCGAGCGUGACGUUGCCGGAAGGUGUUUUCAAGGAGAUUGAAGACUACACGAUAUGCGAUGCACCGACCAGACCGAAUGCUUAUAUUCGGUUUAUUGAAAAGAGUACGGAAGAAUUGGACGGUGAAGUGGAGUACGAUGUUGACGAAGAAGAUACUACCUGGUUAGGUAUCAUGAAUGAGCGACGGGCGUCGCAGAAUUUGUGUCCAGUUGCGGUUGAUUCGUUGGAACUGUUGAUGGAUCGGUUGGAAAAAGAGUCCUUCUUUCAAGCAUCGGUUACCGGGCAGAAUGGAGCGAUCGUGGAUGAUGACGCGGUUUGUUGUAUCUGUAUGGAUGGAGAGUGUCAGAAUACGAACGUUAUUUUGUUCUGUGACAUGUGCAAUCUCGCAGUUCAUCAAGAUUGCUAUGGAGUUCCGUACAUUCCGGAGGGGCAGUGGCUUUGUAGACGAUGUUUGCAAAGUCCCAGUCGAUCGGUGGACUGUGUUUUAUGUCCCAAUACUGGUGGAGCUUUCAAGCAGACGGACAGUGGCCAAUGGGCCCACGUGGUUUGUGCGCUUUGGAUUCCGGAGGUGAGGUUUGCCAAUACGGUAUUUUUGGAACCAAUAGAUUCGAUAGAAAUGAUUCCUCCGGCUCGAUGGCGGCUGGUUUGCUAUAUUUGCAAGCAGAAGGGAAUGGGGGCUUGCAUUCAGUGCAAUCGAAAUUCCUGCUACGCCGCUUUUCACGUGACUUGUGCCCAGCAGGCUGGCCUUUGUAUGCGAAUGGAUCAGGUUCGAGGUAACGACACCCAUCCGGUUGUGGUGCAAAAAACUGCUUAUUGUGACUCCCACACCCCGAUCAAUGCCCUUUCUUCGCCGGGAGAAUCCGGGGGUGAUGUCGAUCCACGGGAGGCAUGCCGGGAGAAGAUGAAGAAAGCCCGCAAAAUGUUAGCGAUCAAACGUACUUCCGCGCCGGUCAUUCUAAUUCCUACAAUCCCACCUGAUCGCGUAGAGGAAAUUGCAUCUCUGGUAAAUAUUGCGAAGAAGCCGCAGUUUAUCCAGCGGCUAAUUGCCUAUUGGACGCUUAAACGACAACACCGGAAUGGAGUACCUCUGCUGAGGCGCCUCCAGAGCCAAGGACAAGCACAAGGAGGUCCGGUAGGUCGUGACAAAAAUGAUGGUUCCCCCGACGCCCGAGAACUUUAUCAUCAGUUGAAAUAUUGGCAAUGCCUCCGGCAGGACCUAGAACGAGCUCGGCUUCUUUGCGAAUUAGUCCGGAAGCGAGAAAAACUCAAACUUAUUCUUAUCAAAACAAGCGAACAGUGCGUGAUGGCUCAACUGAACCCGAUCGAGUCCGUACUGCACCGAAUUCUGGAUCAGCUGGAAGCGAAGGACGUGCAGGAGAUCUUCCGGGAACCGGUGGACACGGAUGAAGUUACUGACUAUUUGACCGUCGUGAAGAAUCCAAUUGAUCUGGGAACGAUGCGGCAAAAACUCAAGACUGGAUUCUACACCAGCAUCGAAGAUUUGGAAGCCGAGGUUGCACUGAUGAUCAACAAUUGCCUGACGUACAACAACAAGGACACCAUAUUCUACCGAGCGGGAAUAAAGAUGAAGGAUGCGGGGACGAUAAUUUUCCGAACGGUUAGGAAGGAACUGGAGCGAGCGGGAAUACUGGAGAAAAAUCAUUCGCCAUCAGCAAUUCAAGUGAUGGAAGACUCGCUGGUCAUCGACAUCGACGCGGAGUUGAAUGUGUUGGUAAAGGAACCGCCCAGUUUGGGAUUGAUCGAGAAACUUCAACAACAGGUAUCGAAGGCCAACGGAAUCAAGCACGCUUUGACACGAUCCAAGAAGGUCAGACACAUCAGGAAUGAGAUCGCCAAAAUCAAGCGGGCCAUUGCUCGGGAGCCGGAAAAACCAAGUGCUCCAAUCGAGAAGGUUCCGGUGGAAGUGGUGAAAAAAGCAGAGCCAGUAGUAACAAAAUCACCGAAGCUUCAAACACCACCGGCCAGUCCGUUGAAGAUUCUCAAUAGUAGUCCAUCGCCAUCCGGAGUCAACCGACGAACGGCGGUCCUGUUCACGCGUAAGGCCCAAGCUGCCCUUAAGAAACCGGAAACCCCAUCGAAGGAGGAAGCAGUAAUUGCCGAGACCACCGAACUUUUGCAGAAAACGGCUAAAAAGGCUAGCCGUGGAAAACGCGGUAGUUCGGGCAAAACAAAAGGUACCCCGUCCGGACCAUCCAUCGGGGGAGAGGCCGGAUUUCUCGGUCUACCGGGUCCUUCACGGUGUAGCAAGUCGUCAGAAUCGGCGGAGAAGAAAUCUUUCGAAGCCAUUCCUGACAGUUUCCGGGUUUAUCGAGGUGGCCAGGACAAGGAGAUAUCGGAUUCUGACGAUAGUAAUCUCAGCUUUACCGGCAGCACCUGCAGUAGCUGCAGCGGGUUCAGCGGAAGCGGAACCGAAUCGGAGUUUGGCUCCAGUAUGGAUGACGACCAAUCGUUCUGCGAUUCGGAAAUGUCGACCAGUGAAGCGGAAGCCUUUCCCGAGAAACCUUCGCUCGAACCACUCAAACUGGUUUGGGCUAAAUGCCGGGGCUAUCCGUGGUACCCGGCACUCAUAAUUGCUCCCGACAUUCCCAAUGGAUUCGUCCACAACGGAGUCCCGCUACCGGCUCCGCCCACGGACGUCCUAGCCCUCAAAGCUAACUAUGACGAGCCGGUUUUUCUGGUGUUAUUUUUUGACGUGAAGCGAACCUGGCAGUGGCUUCCGGCGAACAAGUUGGAACUGCUGGGUGUGAACAAAGAACUGGACCAGAACAAACUGGUAGAAUCGAGAAAGCCCACGGAACGGAAGGCCGUCAAUAAGGCUUACCAGGAGGCACUGCACUAUCACAGUCAGGUCUCGAGUGCGGAUGGGCCCGCGGGGAAACUGUGAAGAUCGGUACGGACCGGUCGCGUCUAGAGAUGUUAUUGUUUGUGGCUUACGAUGUAAAGAAAAGUUGUUGGAAAGUUAUCGCAACGGCGAGCGUUUCUGUUUUAUCACGAUGACCCUGCACAAUUGCUGGAAUAUGUUUUUUUUAAAUAGGAAUAGAGGCAUAUAAUUAUAAGACUACACUGUAAUAUUUAUGAUGUAGAAUUCGUGUUAUACGCGAUGCAUUAUCCGAUAUGAAUAAAACUGGGAAGUACUAAAAUA